AUGGAAGCCAUGACUUUCCUUAUUCUCUUGAUCAUAAUGCCUUUGAUAGUCGUAGCUGCUGACAAUGUACCGGCGCCGGCCGAUUUAGCCCAAGUCGAAACUUGGUUUGCUCAAAACGUUCAGCCUUUUGCUUACCGGAAAGGAUUAGACCCCGCCUUGGUGACGGCGGAAAGCGGAACGCCGACAAUCAUUAACGUGAGAGCCGCGGGAGGUGGCGAUUUCAGGACGUUGACGGAGGCCGUGGAUAACAUACCGGAAGGGAAUACGAACCGGGUCGUGAUUAAUAUCGGACCCGGGAGCUAUUUUGAGAAAGUGACGAUCCCAAGAAGUAAACCAUUCGUUACUUUGUACGGAGCCCCCGAGAAUAUGCCGGCUGUUCUUGCAAACAAUACGGCAGCCGUACUCGGCACUAUAGAAACCGCCACCGUAAUUGUUGAAUCCGACUACUUCAUGGCUGUCAAUGUCAUCUUUGCGAAUAAGGCUCCGAGACCGUACAAGGGCGAAAAAGGGGGCCAGGCUUUGGCAUUAAGAAUUUCGGGUGAUAAAGCGGCGUUUUAUAAUUGCCGGUUUCUUGGGUUCCAAGAUACCAUAUGUGAUCAUCAAGGAUUGCAUUUCUUCAAAGACUGCUAUGUUGAGGGAACGGUCGAUUUCAUUUUUGGCAAUGGAAAAUCCAUUUAUUUGAACGUUGAGACCCACGUCAUACCGGGAGAUAAUUUUGCCGUGAUCACCGCACAAGGCCGGAAUAACAGCGGUGACGACACCGGAUAUUCAUUUAUACACGGCAAUGUUACGGGCGCCGGCAAAACCACUUUCUUGGGCCGGUCAUGGAUGCCGUACGCCGCUACCGUGUUUUCUUACACUGAUAUGAGUGACGUUGUUCAUCCUCAAGGAUGGUUCGACAACUUCCACCCCGAGACUGAGAAGACAGUGUACUUUGGAGAAUUUAACUGCAUAGGAGUGGGAGCGAAAUUGGAUGAUCGGGUUGGUUUCAGCAAGAAGCUAAGUGAACCUGAAGCCACUCCGUUUUUGACUCUUGGAUACAUCAACGCAUCUAUAUGGCUGCUUCCACCCCCAUCGCUUUAA